GCAUCUGGGAACAAAGUUAGUCGCCAGUCUGUGUUGUGUGGAAGCCAGAACAUUGUUCUCAAUGGCAAGACCAUUGUAAUGAAUGACUGCAUCAUCCGAGGAGAUCUGGCAAAUGUAAGAGUUGGACGCCAUUGUGUUGUGAAGAGUCGUAGUGUCAUAAGACCACCAUUCAAGAAAUUCAGCAAAGGUGUUGCAUUCUUUCCUUUACAUAUCGGGGACCAUGUCUUUAUUGAAGAAGACUGUGUGGUCAACGCUGCUCAAAUUGGUUCUUAUGUCCAUGUUGGCAAGAACUGUGUGAUUGGGCGUCGGUGUGUCUUGAAAGAUUGCUGCAAAAUUCUUGAUAACACAGUAUUACCUCCAGAAACUGUGGUCCCGCCAUUCACUGUCUUCUCAGGUUGCCCAGGUCCGCCGAGCAAUUUCGGGAGCAUGAAUGCAGCUGCGAAAGCAGGAAAGCUGGCCCGAGCACCAGCCGACCCAGGGAAAGCCGGGGUCCCGGGGGUUGCGGCUCCAGCGGCCAGCCCGGAGAUCCCCGAGGUCCUAGUGGACCCACGCAGCCGCCGGCAGUAUGUGCGGGGUCGCUUCCUGGGCAAAGGAGGCUUCGCCAAGUGCUUCGAGAUCUCAGACGCAGACACCAAGGAGGUGUUCGCGGGCAAGAUCGUGCCCAAGUCUCUGCUGCUCAAGCCCCACCAGAAGGAGAAGAUGUCCAUGGAGAUCUCCAUUCACCGCAGCCUCGCACACCAGCAUGUUGUGGGCUUCCACGGCUUUUUCGAGGACAGUGACUUCGUGUACGUGGUAUUAGAGCUCUGCCGCAGGCGGUCUCUCCUGGAGCUGCACAAGAGAAGGAAAGCACUGACGGAGCCUGAGGCCCGCUACUACCUGCGACAGAUUGUCCUGGGCUGCCAGUACCUGCACCGGAACCGGGUCAUUCACAGGGAUCUCAAGUUGGGCAACCUCUUCCUGAACGAGGAUCUGGAGGUGAAAAUAGGGGAUUUCGGACUGGCAACCAAAGUGGAAUAUGACGGGGAGCGGAAGAAGACUCUAUGUGGCACUCCUAAUUACAUCGCUCCUGAGGUGCUGAGCAAGAAGGGGCACAGUUUCGAGGUGGAUGUGUGGUCCAUUGGAUGCAUCAUGUAUACCUUGUUGGUGGGCAAACCACCUUUUGAGACCUCAUGCCUGAAAGAGACCUACCUCCGGAUCAGGAAGAAUGAAUACAGUAUCCCCAAGCACAUCAACCCCGUGGCCGCCUCCCUCAUCCAGAAGAUGCUUCAGACAGACCCCACUGCCCGCCCCACCAUCCAUGAGCUGCUCAAUGACGAGUUCUUCACAUCUGGCUACAUCCCUGCCCGUCUCCCUAUUACCUGCCUCACCGUCCCACCACGAUUUUCCAUAGCUCCCAGCAGCCUGGACCCCAGUGGCAGGAAGCCUCUCACCGUCCUCAAUAAAGAGAACCCCCAGCCCGAGCGUCCACGGGAAAAGGAAGAACCAGUCGUUCGGGAGACUAAUGAGGCGGUCGAGUGUCACCUAAGUGACAUGCUGCAGCAACUGAACAGUGUCAACGCCUCCAAGCCUGCUGAACGAGGGCUGGUGCGGCAAGAGGAGGCUGAGGAUCCUGCCUGCAUCCCCAUCUUCUGGGUCAGCAAGUGGGUGGACUAUUCGGACAAGUACGGCCUUGGGUAUCAGUUGUGUGACAACAGUGUUGGGGUGCUCUUCAAUGACUCAACCCGCCUCAUCCUUUACAAUGAUGGUGACAGCCUGCAGUAUAUAGAGCGGGAUGGCACAGAAACCUACCUCACUGUGAGUUCCCACCCCAACUCCUUGAUGAAGAAGAUCACGCUCCUCAAGUAUUUCCGCAAUUACAUGAGCGAACACCUGCUAAAGGCAGGCGCCAACAUCACUCCACGGGAAGGCGAUGAGCUGGCCCGCCUGCCCUACUUGCGAACAUGGUUUCGAACACGCAGCGCCAUCAUCCUGCAUCUCAGCAAUGGCACAGUACAGAUCAACUUCUUCCAGGACCACACCAAACUCAUCCUGUGCCCGCUGAUGGCCGCAGUGACCUACAUCGACGAGAAGAGGGACUUCCGAACAUACCGCCUAAGCCUCUUGGAGGAGUAUGGCUGCUGCAAGGAGUUGGCUAGCCGGCUGCGCUAUGCCCGCACCAUGGUAGACAAGCUGCUGAGCUCCCGUUCAGCCUGCAACCGCCUCAAGGCCUCCUCCUAGGCCUCCCUCCGUUGGACUGGUGCCCUUUCACUCUGCUAGCCCUGGGC